AUGGCCGAACUUACUGAGCGCGAGAAAAUGCUUCGCGGGGAGCUCUUCGUCUCCUUCACGCCCGAUCUGAUCGCAGCUCGGAAUCGCUGCAAAUACGCCUACACUCGAUUCAACAAUGCCGGCGAAGUACCUCGCAGGCGUCUGGUCGAGCUUUGGCGAGAUGUCAUCCAGGACAAGACUCCUCUGCCACCACAGCUGGAUGAUCCCGUAGCAGAUGAUGAGCUUUUCAAGAAUGAGCCCUGGAUAGAACCGCCCGUCAAAGCAGACUAUGGGUUCAACGUAAUCAUCGGCGAGAAUGUGUUCAUCAACUCCAACUGCGUCUUCAUCGACAGCUUGCCGAUUACUAUCGGGGCCCGCACGCUGUUCGGUCCCAGCGUUAGCUUGUUUGCGGGGACCCAUCCGGUGGAUCCUGCAGUACGAAAUGGCAUGGAGGGCCCUGAGAUGGGAGCUCCUAUCACCAUUGGGGAGGAUUGUUGGAUUGGCGGAAACGUCACCAUCCUCCCGGGCGAAAAUGUCAUGGCAGAACCCCCGCCAGCGAGCUCUCGCACCCCGCCUGGCGCGCCGUUAAACGAACCCACGCGACCUCUCAGCGCCUCGAUGGAAGACCUUGACCCUGAGAGGGUCCAAAAACGGCCGCGUCUGGACAGUGGAAGUGGUGACAGUUCCUCCGUAUCGAUCGGGGCUGCUACUGCUGCUGCUGCCGCUGCUGCUGCUGGGACGCCGGCCGCGCCUGCCUCGGAGAUGGACACCACGUCUGACCAGGCGUUCCCCGCGUCCAAGGUCACCAUCAACAUGAAGUCUCCAACAUCAAAGAUGGCGAAUGACACCAACACCUAUUCACUGGGGCCUCCAGGCACCACUGCCUGCCCCGACUCACCCGAACCCGACGCGACACCAAUCAACGUGAUCUCCAUCUCUUCCUCUCCCUCCCAAAGUCCCGAGAUCGAAGUCGCAGAGCUUGAAGACAUGGAUCAAGAUCCGAAUAACUCGAACUGGCGACCGUUGGAGGAUGCAUUGCAGGACAACGCGCCGUCCGAGGUCGUCGAGGUUCAAGAUCUGGCACCUCUGGUCGACUCGUUCCCGCGAGUGCGCGAGAAUAUUAGUGCGCAGGACAGCUUGAACAGAAUCUCCGCCAUAAUACAGAAAGGUAAGCUGUGUACGCCUACGAAUUGGGGAUUCUUUGUGCUGAGCUUUGCUGGAACAGGCGACCCCCGUGAUACCGAUGCCGUCUCGGCAGUCAAGAAAUGGAUGGACAACUGCGUGGAGAAUCUGGAUCGGCUUACAAUAGGAGAGUUCUCAGAUGCUCGUGGUUUCUGGGAGGAUUUCCCUCAUCUGGUGGAGAACGUGCUGCGCAGACCACAUGAAGUGUUGAUAGAUGAUGCUUCAGGAAGAGGCCCUUGGGUUGGUCUGGAAGAAUUUCUUUUCGAUUAUGUACAGAUCGCUCUUCAUAUGAUCCGCAUGGAGUGCCUAGUCUUGCGCCAUCUUGUCGAUGAGCCAGAGACCGUGACAGAGGAGAGCAUCUGCAAAGAAUAUCUCCAGCCUCUCGCCUUGGUGCUGCUACCUGCGCAGAUACCGACACCUUUGUAUCGGGCCUUGGAGAAGCUGUACCCCGCAGACGCGACCAACUUGGUCAUCCAGAUCCGGGCAGCAACCCUUGCUCCUCCGAUUGAUAUCGCCCGGACACUCACAGAAUGGACAUCCCUCAUCCUUAAGCUUAUUCCUCGAUACCCCCACCAAACCGGCUCGCUGUACCACAUUAUGCUGAUUGCGAACACUCUCGCGGAUUGUCAAUUAGAGCGAAGCCAGGACAUGGAUGACGACGAUACAAGUGAUUCUUCAAUAACCGAGACACCUUCAAUCCGCAGCCUUUACGAGAUGGUCCGCCUUAUCGAUGACAUGUAUCAGGAAUGGAUCACUAAAAAAUCUCCCUGGGCCACGAGUGAUCUGAGUGAGCAGUUGUUGCGUGCAAUCUCUCACCACUACAAACACCAAUGUGUUCGCAACCCUGAGUUCGUGAAUGAGCUCUCCAAUGACCUAUCCAUUUCGCUUCCAGAGGACGCUAGUCUAGCAGAACAGGCUUUGGUCAUAUUCUGGACUUGGAAGUUUGGUGUCUUAAAAAAGCAUAUCAUGGAAGGCCGUAUGGAGCUCCGGGUUCACGGCGUGGAGGCGAUGCAGUCAGACUUGGUUCAUGUUUGGAGGUCCAGUAUCUCUUCGAACUCUGGAGGUGUCAACUUGCCAUAUGUGCAACAGUUGGUCCAGUUCAUCCAAGACAACCAGAUUGUGGAUUACCUCGUGGGCGUCGACUCCCAUCCACAAUUGAUCAGCAGAAGCAGCAACAUUGUGGGUUUCCUGAUUGUGACCAACACAUACACCGACUCAGUGACAGACGUUAUCUGGAAGACAGUAACGGAGAGCCAAGACGGCCGAAUUGUCUCCGAGGUUCUAUCGAUGCUUGUUCGGACCUUCGGGAUGCAUCCCACGGCGGCUCCAAAUUUGCUCUAUGUUUGCAAGAAAGUAUUGGAGUUGCCCCUGGACCGCUUCGAUACAGGCAUGCUCGAAUUUUGCAACAGGUUGCUGAGUCGAAUGUACGAGCAUCCAUCGGAACGAAGGGUCUUUGACAAUUCUGAUCCAAUUUACGUGGAUACACUCCCGCUGCAACUCUGCGUACGCCUUAUCCGGGACAGCACGGCGGCAGAUGAUCUCUCGGUUGAGCAAAAGAAGAACCUGCAGAAAUUUGGCAGCCAGAGGCUUGUGAGCUUAAUCAGCGCGGGCAUCAGCGAGGCUGAUAGAAUGGGUAUCUACGAGCGCUGCAUCCAGGACAUCGCUGAGAUGAACCAGUUUACUGCUGGUAGUAUCCAAGCAUUGAGUGCUCUUGUACCGGCCAACGAUGUACAGGAGAUGUGGAAGUUGGCAACAGACUUUGACUUGACCGGCUUAGUGAUUGCCGACCUGCUUCAGACUGUGAAAAAUGAUCAGGAUGACUUUGCCGACGACUUUUCCCAUCUCGGCUUGGUCUCACGACUGACAAUCCUGUUUCGCCUCAUCGACAUGGUUCCGGAAACCAUCACGGCUGAGCUUGGAAAAGCCCUGUGGGACGACAUCCUGUUGUCGGACAAACUUGGACCUGAAGGGCACAAUGCUGUGUGGAAUAUGCUGGUCAGUGCUUUGGGCCGGAGCAGCAAGUCCAAUCCAUUCCUUAACAGGUGCAUCCACGAGUAUCUCCCGAGCUUGGUCCCCAAAGACUACACCAAAGAGAUACUGGCGUUUGCGAAGCAGUCGAUCAUUUAUGAAGUUCGAUUCAACCCACCGCCUCCAGCUGGUGAGAAUGAGGUUGUGUCCAUUCCAGGAAUGGAUCGCAUUUGGACUUUUAUUUUGACUGCUCCACCUGGCACGAUCGAAGUACAGGCUACUAGAUUCGCUAUUGAGGUCUAUCUGGAUCAUUCCAUCAUCCGCAGCUCGCCACGAUCAGCCGUUGAGGCCACGCAUAUUGCACUUGUGGAGCGUUGUGUGGAUCAGCUCAAAUCCGCCGCUGCGACUCUCAAGGCUCUAGAUGGCAACGGAGAUUCUCCGAUGGAGUCCGAGACUGAAACCGGUGAACUAAGCGCCGAAGAACUUAGAUUCAGACGCUCUCUCUACUUCCUCCACCACCUGCUGAGUGGCUUGCGAGCUCGUCCGCAGUACAGUUCUCCGAAGGGCUCUCCACCUUCACUUCCGGAGAGGCCGCUGAAGGGUAAUCCGGUUGAUAUAUCUUGGCAGUCAUUCAAUGGCAAUACCAGUUCCAAAGUCAACAUCCUCCAAAUUGGCGGCCUGUCAACCGCUGCCGACCUGGUGGAGCGGCUCACACAACUUGCCGGAUUUUCCAAGUUCUCGGCAAUUGCUGGCGGUCAACGAGUUGAGCUGCUGAAGAAUCCGGAUGCCAUGGUGAAGGACAUGAAGGUUCUUCAGGCGGGACUUAUUAUGCUCCGAAAGGCACCGGAUGCCCAGGAAGUGUCCCGGGUCGACAGCAGGCGACAGUCGCUUACAUCCGUCGAUUCGGAAGUGUUGAAGCACUUCGAUGAGCUCUAUGACUUGCUCGCUCUCAAUGAUGACCUGGCUCGAGAAAUUUUUGAUUUCCUUGUCACAUUUUCUCCUCAAGAUCGAGUCCUGAACCUUGUCAAAUCGGAAAACAGCAGCACGAAGGAUCUUUUUCCUUUCGAAAAGCCCUUCAAUGCAUUUUACUCGUUUAGCGCGCUGCUGGUCUGUCUUCGUGAAGAAGCCGUCCAGGACUCACCGAAUCCUAGCUUCGUUUCCCACAGCAUCCAGACUUUGGUGGCAUUCUUAAUGGCGGACGAACUAUCCGAGUCCCUUGCUCAGGACCCAAUCCGGCUGUACCUUGCUUCCUCUGCAGUCGAGUGUCUUUUGGCUGCCAUUACCGUCUACAGUGCUGCCAGCAACGAAACAUUGGUCGCUUCUGAGCCAGCUUUCCUUGUGAAACGGCUCCUUUAUCUCAUUGAGAUAUCUCGCUCUGUGACUGAAAAUCCUCUCUUGAACAUGUCAAACAUCCAAAAAUUGAUGUGCAGCUCCUUCGCUGUUCUUAUAGAAGCCUCGAUUCGAGACCAGGGCUUCUGGACUGCAGUGAAACACGAGGCCCAGCUCAGCCUCUUAAUCAAGGCCUUGCUUCUCGAGGAGAGCCGACAGCCGAUCCGCAGUGACGUAUCGGAGAGAAUCAAGAUGACUUGCAGCGUUUCGAAGUUGUUGAAGGAGUCAUCCAAGAUUUCCAAUGGAGAUCUGUCAACUGUGUCUAACACAGAUAGUCCCGCUCGGAUCGACAUGCUCGCCACUAUUUGGAAUGCCUUUGUUGAAACGAUCCCGAUGACCCCGGACCAUGCUACACAGUCCGCAGAAUUCUUCAGAGUCGCUCUCUGGGUUUUUCGCUCUGUCGCCGAAAAGUCUCCUCAGGAUAUUAUUUUCAAUCAGUAUCUGAGGCAAUGGAGCGAAGUCAUGCUUCGCCAUAAGACUGAAGAGUUCGUCGGACGCGAGCCAGUUGAUGACCUGAUUUUGGGAUUUGCGAGCCUGUUAGAGCAGUGUCUUGACGAUCUUGCGGAGCAAGUCUGGAACAAUUAUCUUUUCCCAGAACUAGCCCCUGAUACGGAAGAGGUCAUCGUCCCUCGAAUUCCCCUCAUGCACACGGUGACUCGUGAAAAGCUCUACAACAUAGUGAAACUACUGUGCAAGCGAAGCGACAACAAUGUUGCACGUGUCAUGCAGCAGUUAGAAGGUGUGGUUCCUCGAGCACCAGAGGGGUAUGCUGGUCUCAGGAAUCUUUCGAAUACGUGCUAUUUGAAUUCCUUGAUGACCCAGCUAUUUAUGAACAUCGACUUCCGAGACUUUAUGCUGCAGCUCAGUAUUGUAGACCCUAACGAGUCCCAGAGACUUCUCGAUGAAACACAGAAGCUCUUUGCCUGGAUGCAAGACACUUGGACGAAGAGCGUUGACCCUGAUAAUUUUGUUGAGAGCAUUCGGACUUAUGAAAAUGAGGCAAUCGAUGUCACCAUCCAGAUGGACGUGGAUGAGUUUUACAAUUUGCUCUUCGACCGUUGGGAGGCUCAAAUCAUGGACCCGGAAGUGAAGAGGAAGUUCCGAUCUUUCUACGGGGGCCAGCUGGUCCAACAAAUCAAGUCCAAGGAAUGCGCCCACAUCUCGGAGAGACUAGAGCCGUUCUCUGCCAUUCAAUGCGACAUCAAGGGCAAAGCCAGCCUGGAGGAAAGCUUGCAGGCAUAUGUCGAGGGAGAGAUCAUGCAAGGAGACAAUAAGUACUCCUGCACGGGUUGUGGCCGCCAUGUGGAUGCUGUGAAGCGGGCCUGCUUGAAGGAUGUUCCUGACAACCUUAUUUUUCACCUCAAGCGUUUCGAUUUCGACAUGGUGACUAUGAUGCGGAGUAAGAUCAACGAUGAGUUCAAGUUCCCGCAGCUUAUCGACAUGACGCCGUAUAAGGUGGAAUACCUCUCCGAUCCCAGCACUCCUGUUGAGCCGGACAUGUUUGAACUGGUUGGUGUUCUGGUCCAUACCGGCACGGCCGAAUCAGGGCAUUACUAUUCCUACACCCGCGAGCGACCCUCCACCGGCUCUGGGCCGUUAUGGGUCGAGUUCAAUGACUCGGACGUGUCUAAAUUUGACCCUGCGACAAUCGCAGAUAAUUGCUUUGGUGGUCAGAGUGAUGCUGUGCACACUAUGGGAGGUGUGCAUCUUAACAAGGUUUGGAACGCCUACAUGCUGUUCUACCAGCGUGUCUCCACGAUGGAGACGGCCAAGCAGAACUACCAGCCAUUGAGACCAAGUUAUCCUGUGCGGGUUCCUGUACCAACACCCUUUGCCAACCACAUUGCCAUGGAAAAUGAGGUGUUCAUUCGGACCUACUGCCUUCUGGACCCAGCGUACACAUUGCUUGUUCCGGAAUUAUUGCAUCGCAUGCAACAGAUGGAUCCCGACUCUGCAGGAUACCACCAGUUGAAGCUGAUGGGGGUCGAUAUCGGACUGGAUACCCUCGAGCAGUUGAUUGCACGGACAAAAGAUCAUAAGGGACUUGAUGAUGUCUACGGAGAGCUUUCCAGGCUGACUCGCAACCCUCAUGGCGCUCUUCAGGCCCUUCAGUGGUUUGCUCGGUGGCCAACUGCAAUGCGAAACCUCAUGCUAAGAAUUGCCCAUUACGAAGUUCGGCAGAAGGAAACCGCUCUCCUCUUCAAUUCUGUGAAUUGUCUCCAGCUGUUUUUGAGAGAUCCAACUCUCGAUGACGGGAAGCGCGGAGAGUGGCAGUACGAGCUUGACAAGGCGAUCCAAGCCAUUGUGGCAAUGUUAGCUCAGUUAUGGCCCUCUCUCCAGACCGUUCCUCGGGUGUGGGAUGAGUAUUUCGCGUUUUUCAUCAGGCUUGUGGAGUUAGGAGAGGAGAUGACCGGUGCCGUUCUUGGCAAUGGCAUGCUUGUCAAGUGCCUAGAAAUCAUCUGGCUCGAUCCUGAAGACAGGAAGAACCUGAAGGGACGCUAUUCUGGCUACUGCAGGUUGAUAGAGAAAGGCCGCCGAUUUUCCUACAAGAAUUUGAUGACCCUUUGCGCGAUGCUUUUCGAGAGAAUUGACCUCUCACUCCCACCUGCCCCCCCUGGUCGCGCCCGAACAAUGUCGCCUGAUGGGAAGUUUUCACUCAGUGGGGCGGAAAGCAAGUUCAUCAAGCCUUUGGAGUUCCAAAGGCCUACGGAUAACGAGGGAGUACUUGUCUUCUUGAUGAAGUUACUUCACCAUGAUCAGAUGUGCGUUCAACCAGAAAUCUAUCAUGCCAUCGUCGCUUCCUUCCUUGCAGCCGAGCCUCAGGCUGGCUCCCUGCCACACAUUGCCAGGACACUGGAGGUUGGCUUGCGGUAUUCGCCCGCAGAGCUUUGCAUUCCAUUCCUUGAUUCGACCCUGGUUCUCUGCAAGUAUUGUCCCGAUGAAGACACUAUUCUCAAUUUGAUUCACUUUGUCGCGAAAGGAGUGGAAUCUAUCAACAAUAGCGCAGGGAACGAGCACCUCGAGUUCUUCAUUCAUCUUUGCAGCACGGUCAAUGAGCGACUACAGCUGGAUGCCGACUGGUUCACCGUGGUUGUUCGAGAGAGGAUCCCCGAUUUUGCCCCAACUCUGCUGACUUACCACCAUCUGCUUGUCCGCCGGGGCACGACGGAACUCUUGCGAAGUUUACUUUUCAUCGAUGACUUAAGUGAAGAGAUGCGGUUGCGACUGCCGCGCAUUGCUCGCGAACUCACCCAUGCCUGUAUCCAGCGGAUUACCAGCUCCUUCCUUGAGAGCCAGGUUCAAACCGUCGAGUCUCUACUCGUCUAUCCCAUCACCUCGACCAUUACACAUUGCUUAGAGACCUACUUUGAUGAGGACAAUGAGGAUGACGAGAGAUUUAUUCAACAGGCAAAUGCGAUUCUCUUACGCUUGGAAGAAAUGACCGUUGACGUCCCAGAUGACGGCGCCUCAGGUAGCACCUCCCGUCGCAACCCCACAAAACUCGCUCUCAACUAA